AUGAGGGUGUUAGCGCUGCUACUACUCUGCGCAUUUUGCAAUGCCAAGCUCAUUCUCGUCUCCCUGGAUGGAUUUCGACAUGACUACAUAGAAAUGGCCAAAAAGGCAGGCAAAAGGGUGGAAGCUUUUGAGGAGAUUGCCGCGGCCGGCUUUCGAGCCGAGGUCCAGAACAUCUUCAUCACCAUAACCUUCCCCACGCAUCUUGCCAUGGCGACCGGCCGAUAUGUGGAGAACCACGGACUCUUCGAUAACGACUUUUAUGACCCGAUAUUCAAUGAGACAUUCUCCUAUAAAAGUGCCAAAAAUCAAAUGGAGGACAAAUGGAAUAACUACAACAACAAUGAACCCAUUUGGCUGACCAAUCAGAGACACGGAAAUCGCAGUUGCGUAUUCAACUGGCCGGGCAGUAAUCAAGCCUAUAAGGGCAAGUAUCCCUUUGCAACCAAUGGUCUCUACACCGAAGCACCGACAUUUGAGUACCGGGUGGAUCGCAUGAUGGACUGGAUAACACAGGAUGAUUUCUCAUUUUGUGCCUUUUACUUUAAUGAACCGGAUAGUACGGGACACCGCUUUGGACCCAACUCAACCGAGGUUCUUGAAAAAGUUCAGUUGGUCAAUGAUGGGAUUGCUUACAUGCUGAAAAAAAUUAAAGAGCACCCCAAACUUAAAGAUAAUGUGGAUUUAAUCGUCACAGCCGAUCAUGGAAUGACUUACACACCGGACACACAGCUAAUCAAACUUUACGAGCAUAUACCUAGGAAUCGUUACGUUGGCAACGUCUCGCCUCCCAUUGUCGGCAUGUGGCCGGUGGAAGGUGAAACGGUGGACUCUCUCUACGAUGCUCUGAUUAAGGCAAACCUACAGCACAUAACGGUCUAUAAGAAGCACGAGCUCCCGGAGAUGUAUCACUAUGCAAAAAGUUACCGAAUGCCUGAAAUCUUUAUCAUCGCAGAUCCCGGAUGGAUGAUCAAGGCCAACGCAGAUGAUUUCACCAAAAGUUUUCCCUAUGGAAUGCAUGGAUACAACAAUUCCUUCCACGAGAUGCAUCCAUUCAUGGUUGCUGCUGGACCCGGCAUUAAGAAAAUGGAUGGCAUUCAAACAUUCCAACAGAUUGACCUCUACCCCUUCGUUUGCGGUCUAAUGCGUCUGCAACGACCAAACUCCCACGAUGGCAGCAUUGAUCGAGCACUGAAAUUCAUGGCGAAUGAACCAUCUAAAGAAUUCCUUGAGACGUUUAAGCUCUAUGCCACUGGAAUCCGCACCGACUUUUGA